GAACUGCUGCUGGUAUUUUGAGUGGAUUUACGCCUUUAGCAAUUAGAACUGGUUUGUCAAAAAUUGCUGAUAAAGAGGAAAUAG